AUGGCAGCUAAACGUUUUCUUGACGAGCCGGGUUCGAAUCCGGAUCAACCAGGAGAUCAGAAACGAAUGAGAACUAGACCUUCUUUCGCUUCGGUGAUUGGAGAAGCUGUUAUGGUGAAUUCCUUAAAGAAUUUCUGCUUGGCCUUAGAGCCAAUGCUCAGGAGAGUGGUGAAUGAAGAAGUGGAAAGUAGUUUAAGAAGUUCAACAUCCUCUUUGACUAGAUCAUCUUCAUUGCGAAUCCAAGCACUUGAACCAUCAAGUCUCCAACUAAUGUUUAGCAAAAAACUUCUGCUCCCUAUAUUUACAGGGAGCAAAAUAGUUAAUCUUGAUGCCUCUCCCCUCCAAAUCCUUCUUGUCGACACAAGGGGUGAUCAAAUGGUUUCGAAAUGUCUCCCUCAUCCGGUCAAAAUUGAAGUUGUGGUUCUCGAUGGAGACUUCCCUUCAAAUGAUAGCAAUAGUUGGAGCAGUGAAGAAUUUAACAACAAUAUUGUGAAGGAGAGAACAGGCAAGCGGCCUUUGCUUGCUGGAGAUUGCUUAACGGUUACAUUAAGGGAUGGAUUUGCACCCAUUGGAGACAUUGAGUUUACGGACAAUUCGAGUUGGAUUAGGAGCAGGAAAUUCAGGCUUGGUGCAAGAGUAGCUCCGGGGAGCUAUCAAGGAGUUAAAAUUCGUGAAACGAUGACCGAAGCUUUUGUUGUCAAAGAUCAUCGUGGAGAAUUGUACAAGAAGCAUCAUCCACCAAUGCUACAUGACGAAGUUUGGCGACUUGAGAAGAUAGGGAAAGAUGGAGCUUUCCACAAAAAGCUAGCCGCCGAGCGCGUUAAUACGGUGCAAGAAUUCUUGAAGUUGUCCGUUGUCGACCCACAGAAACUUAGGAGGAUUUUAGGCACUGGGAUGUCUGAGAAAAUGUGGGAAGUUACAAUAAAACACGCUAGGACUUGUGAUUUGGGGAACAAACAUUUUAUUUUUCGCCGCCCCAAUUGCACCAUCACCUUGAACCCUAUAUGUCAAAUUGUGCAUGCGAUAAUCGAUGGGAAUUCGUACUCCAUUAAGGAGCUUUCAAGCAUAAGGGGUUAUAUUGAGACUUUGGUAAGACAUGCAUAUUUAGAAUGGAACUCUUUAGAGGAGGUUGUCGGGGUUUCAAGUAACACUCCUUUGCUCACACAAGGCGAGCCAGUGGAUCAAUACCCAAAUCACCAUCAGGCGAUCGUGAAAUCAAUUCAACCAAUUGGGCAUUCAACUGAUCAUAGAUAUAUUGAGAUGGAGAACCUUCCAAGCAAUGCACAUUUUGGAUACAACAAUUGGCAAAUAACUUCGAGUUAUCUUGGUGCAGCAGCGGAACCGGGCAUCCACUACAGCUUCUCGGAGUCAUCAUCGGAUGGUGAAAUAACACCCAAGUCUUACAUCAACGGCAAUUGA